UAGCUACAUUGGAUCUUUGGUUGUGGUCUCCUCUGAAUUACAACACUGAAAACAAUGGCAACAGAAUGUAUAAAAAACUGCUGUAAAUGGUGUUUCUGCAUGGAAAAAGAAAAAAAUGAUCCAGUUUCCAUGGUGGAGGGAUCUGAAGCAGUAGCCGCAAGCAAGCCAACCGUUGUAGAGAAGCCUCCAUUGUCUUCUGUGUCAGUGAAGCGUCAAGUUGGCUGUUCAGAGGAUUAUCUGCUUUCUAAACUGCCCCUGGACGGUCAGGAGGUACCAUUUGUGGUCCCUCCAUUCAAAUUGGCUUAUGUACAGCCAAAGAACCUUCCUAGUAUCUCACAUGCUGGAGGGAUUCAAGAAUCUGCCAGAGCCUCAUUUGGUGACCGGAAAGCAGAACUGCACAGCAUGUACCAAUGGCCCCGCUAUGACGUGUACAACCCAUUCUAUUUGGAGCAUCGGGUUUCGCCAGAUCUGAUUAGGCGUUUCCAAGCAAAAUCAGACAAUAGGAAAUUAUAUGGAUCAGUUAGUGAUUUAAGACCUAGUGCUUUGCCUGUAUCAUUUGAUGUAAGUCGUUCAAUGUUUGAUCUCAGAAGUCCACCUCAUCGAUUCAUGAAGAGAUACGAUUCAUUCUCCAGUGUACCUAGCAGUACCUCUUCCAGGAAGGAUUCGCAAGGCAGUAACAGGAGUCUGGAUACUAUUACAUUAUCAGGUGAUGAACGAGACUUUGGAAGACUGAAUGUGAAGUUGUGUUAUGUUUCUUCAGUAGAACAGAUCUGGAUCACAGUUUUACAUUGCAAAGACCUGAGCUGGCCUUCUAGCUGUGGCGAAAAUCCUCGUAUCUAUGUCAAGGGAAUUCUCACACUGCCCAAACCAGUGCAGUUCAAAUCUUCUGCCAAGGAAGGGUGCAAUGACAUUGAAUUUAUGGAAACUUUUGUAUUUGCUAUUAAACUGCAAAGCCUGCAGGCUGUCAGAUUGGUAUUUAAGAUCCAGACACAGACUCCCAGGAAAAAAACAAUUGGAGAGUGCUCUUUGGCACUGCGGGAGCUCAGCUCAGAGGAGUCAAGUCAUUGGCUGGAUAUAUCUCCUCCUUCCAAAGCACCUGUGUGCCGUGCAGAACUUCAAGUAGGAACUUGUUUUCAAGCAAUAAACAGAAGGAUUCAGUUACAAAUUCUUGAAGCACAAAACCUUCCAGUUUCAUCUACACCACUGUCUUUAAAUUUCUUUGUGAAAGUUGGAAUGUUUAGUACAGAAGGGCUGAUCUAUAAGAAGAAGACUCAUCUUCUGAAGUCCACUAAUGGCCAAGUGAAGUGGGGAGAAACAAUGAUAUUUCCAGUUAGCCAAGCUGAACAAGGAAUUAGCUUUCUCAUCAAGCUCUACAGCAGAAGCUCAGUGAGAAGAAAACACUUCCUAGGACAGAUCUGGAUAAGUUCUGAUAGCAGUAACAGUGAAGCAGUAGAGCAGUGGAAAGAUACUAUUGCCAACCCUGAAAAAGUUGUUGUUAAAUGGUACAGCAUCGGUCCAUCUUGAAGACUGGAGAUGCAACUCAGGACUGAUUUUUUCUACAAAGAUACUCCUAAGCUGUUUCAAAUAGUAUAAAUAAAAAGAAAUAUAUUGUCUACACAAGUUCUUCAGAAGGUCUCCACGGCAUCACACCUCCAUGGUAACUGGGAAAAUUCAGAGUUUCACAAAGAGAAAUACUGGAUAAAUAUUAUUUAGAGGAAGACUUAGGAACUGGGAAAAGUGCUCAUUUGAUUUUAAAAAAUCCACCUUGAAAAAUACAUUUUUGCUCCUUUCAGGCCCCAGAGUCAGAGUUUCUCUGACUAACUGUGAUCUUUGCAAGUGGGACCCUUCAGACUUGCUCUGUUUGGGUGAAUUCUGGUUGGAAUCAAUGGAAUAAUACAAAGAGGCAACAGCCCUGCCUAGGAUCAGGGCCAAUAUUUUUCGAUAAAUUACUUUCUUAUAUAGAAUUCUUACACGUAAACCACUUCCUAUCUAAUCAACAAUGUUGUAGCAUUUCCUUACAUUGCUAAAAGCCAGACUGACAUGUACAAAGGGUAAGCAAAUAUUUCCUGACAUAAGUGCUUUUUGAUAUUAAUUAAAAUGCAGCACAGUAAGGGACGCAGACUUUGUUUAAAAGAUGGGCUACUACUGCAGAAGUAUUUUUUACAUGUCUAGGAUGCUGAAAAAUUAUGUGUGGGAGUAUAUUUUUGUUACUUGUUUCUAGCAAGAAGAAAUUACCAUAUUUUUAUUGCAAAUUAUAUUCUUCCUACAAAAUCCUAAGAUUAUUUUUUCUAUUAGUCCCUGUAUUUUCAGGGGUGUAUUUAUUCAUAGUUACUUUUCAAGCGGGAAAAUGCCAUGUAUAUAAUUGAUAAUAUAUACAUCUAAAAGCACAGACCUCUUUGCACUACUUUAACUACUGGAUUUUGAAAAUAUAUAUAUUCCAUUAAAUCCACUGCUUACACAUUUACUGUUGGCUGUCUGGACUGUACGAAUACGUAUGUUCAUGUAGAUGCUGAAUAAUUGUAUCUUGGAUCCCAUUCAAACAUCUGACAUGAACUAGAGUGGCAGUGAGAGCACUCGCUUCUGGAAGGCAAAGAACAGUGGGGAGUAGAGAAAACACAGUAACAGGAAAGCAUGUUGUAUUUAAGCGUAGAGCUUGGAGCAUCUUUAUUUUAACUUUCUUGACUUUGAGUAAGGGUCAAGAAAAAAUGGAAUCUUAGAUUAUUUUUUUUUAUCAGCUGAUAAUUGAAGCUUUUAAAACUUCAAUCAUCCAGAUUUUUGUUGAUGAAGUUUAAUAUUUUGAAAAUGGGCAAACAAAAGGAUUUUCCCAGGCUCUUUUUUGACCAGUUUUUAUAAAUGCACUGAAAAAGUUUUUGCAUGUUACUCAGAGAGCAAGCAUCAGUUCUAGCUCUUGCUGACACUCUUUGCAAAGCUCCCAGUAGGCCCAGAGGAUCUUGACUGACAGCAUUAACUUCUAGCCAGUUACGACACUUGGGAUGAGCCUGGCCUGUUGGGUAAAAUGAAAAAAGGAACUGGACCAAGCUGAUAUUCUUGGAGUAUCUUUACUUGAAUUCGUGGAUCUUUUUUAUUCAUUGUCACUGAACUGCAGUAAAUAAAAGUGCGAACUAACUGUUUCCUUAUGCAGAAUGCUGCUCUGUUUGAAAGAGAGGACAGGGACUGUCCCACUGUUUUAGAGGCUUCGAUUACCAUGAAAGUGGCUCUGCAGGGAUUGCCAACUCAGUGAAUACUGUGUAAAAUGGACUUUUUGGGCUGUUUUAGGACACCUAACCUUUUAAAGGCCU